CUCUUGGUGGGCUCACAUGCGCCAGCUUCUUCAGUCUUGGGCUCUUGCUGGGCUUCAGGCCUGGUAGUGGUAGAGCUGCUAACAGCCCUGCAUCAGCCAAGAACCAACCAAAAAAAAGCCAACAACCAACCGGAGCGAUGGAUGAUUUGGUUAGCUACGUUUCAGCCACCGGAUCACAUGCCAUCCAACGGCACUACGUGCGCCCGACGCGACGCUGAACCAGUCGGUCGAAUACAAGCGUUUGCCUUAUCAUUUCCCGGCUUGACCGCCCUGCCCAGCCGGCUAGCCCCCGCUCUACGCCGCCGCAAUCCAGCCCUCAACCUACGCCGCCGGCACGAUAGUGGCAGCAUCCCCCUGCCGCUCCUCCUCACCGGCCGGAUUUCACGCAUCCCCUGAUUCCGAUCCCCUUUCUUUUGUUUCAGAUGAAGAGAAGACCACUGGAGAUACUUCCACAGCUGCCCCUAUUCCCGAUCCCCUUUCUUCCCUUUUCAUAUCAAGGGAAGACCAUUAGAGUAUCUCCCUCGAUGACCAAUUUCCGAAGGCCACCGCUAUGGGACCUUAUGCAAGUUCAGGCUGGUCGGACCUCCCCAUCGACCUCCUCAUCCGGAUACUGCGUCUCCUCGAGCUUCUCGAGGCCCUCGCCUUCCGCGCUGUCUGCCCGUCAUGGCGUUCUGCAUCUGCGGCCGCCGGCAGAGUCCCACCUUGCCGCACGCCAUGGCUCGUGUCCUUGGCGGAGGAGCCUCUUUUGUCAGGGGAUCAGCAGCAGCCUGUGCGUCGUGGAUUAUGGGAUCCUACUGCCACUUCUGAGCUCCGCAACCUCCUGGAUGCUGAGAAAACUUUCCAGAUUCGUGUCGUCCUCGACAAGUAUCAGGAGCACUACGUCAGGGUUGAUGUAGAGAGGUUGGAUCUCAAAAGCAGCCAAAUGGUAGGAGUAAGCCCUGCGAAGGCUCUAAGGGGACACGCGGCGUUCCUUGGACAGAAUAGCCUGGGUAUAUUGUCAGUCGAUAAAUUCCCCGAGGUAAGAACGAAUUGUAUCUACUUCACGACUCCCCGUCUCAGGGGGGACGCUUUCGAGCAUUGUCAUAACCAAUGGAUCGGUGUGAAGGUCUAUGAUUUGAGAAGUCGGAAGCUGGAGGAUGUUUUUCUGUCGGGUGGUGGCCAUUAUGGAACAAUCUGUCCAUCGGAGGUCUGGUUCACGCCGAGCCUGUGAUCACUUAGCAACCAUGUCGGAAGAUGUUUCAUGCUGCACGCCUAACUGGUGCUUUGCUUUGAUUGUUUCCUUCUAAAUUCUGUUUGCAGUUGUUUGUUCCAAGAACGUGUUGCAUAAUGUGGAAAGUGUGAUUCGUGUGUAUAUAGAUUAAUGAGUUGUGUGUAUAUAGUAGUAGCUGGCAUGCUGGCGAUCACAAGUUUGUAUGAUGUCCUGUCCCAGCACAAGGUUAAAUGCUGAAUAUUUGGUUAGGUUUUGAUGUGCACCGAGCUAAAUAUCACUGCCUAUGAAUAAGAGCCUGAUCUUAAGAGAAAAGUUCAAUGCUGAAGCUUUGGUUUUUCAUAAAGAUGCAUUUUCUCUGUUGGUUUCAUUCUGUGCAAUGCUUAGACCUCUGAUUCUACCCAACAAAGAAAUAAUGGAUUUUUUUCCUGUUCAACUUCAUCUUGUAAACAUGCUUUGUUUAUUAUCUACGCCCCAGGCUGUAAACUUAUUUCGCUAUUUCAUCACAGCUUCGAAGUGAAAGAAACAAUUGAUUUGCUAAUUCUCAUCAAGAUUGGAAUUAGCAAAGUCUCAUCUAACACCUUGUAACGACCAACCUAAUAAGGUCUAGGUGUAUGUGCUUACCAUUCCAGCCCUGAAUUGAUUCACCAACAUACACGGUACUGAUGUACUUAAUACCAAACGCAAAUGCAUCAUUCUAUUGCAUCACAAAGAUCCAGAAUAACAUACUCCCUCCAUUCCAAAAUAUGUGUUGUGGUUUUAGUUCAAAUUUGAAUUUAAACCAUGCACUAUGCUCUCAAAGGAAUAAAAAAUAUAUGUGCUGCAAUCAUGCCAUUUUCGAUCAUCAAACACUUACUUUCUACAAAGAUACCAACAUAAGUGAUGGAUUUUAUGUUAUAUUUGCAGCUGGUCUCAGCUGUUGGCACUCUCUUCUUUUUCCCAAAGUAAGUUGAAGGUAAAUUUCAAAGUUAGUGGUCAUUUUUUUUCCUUUAAUUUAAAUUGGUGUGCGCACACUGUCUUGAGGAAACAAAUCAGUUUUCUGUAGCAUCAUUUCUUUGAGCAUUGUAUAAAGUUUUAGAAGUUCAAUAUUUUAAAAAUUGUGCUAUAUAUAUAAUCUCUAGUGUAUAGAAGAUAAAAUCUUAACUUUUACAUGCUUUUUCCAAGGUCGCGAGCAUAGCCAUGUCCUAUAAACCUCACAUCAUGAGUUGAUUCAUCAUAUGUGUGAAUUCAAGCUCUCAUCAUAUUAGUGAGCAUAUUAAGCUCCCAUCCAAAUGUAAUUAAGCAAAGUCAUAUAAUAUGUUUCAACACUCUCUUGGAUUUUUUUGGUGCGACACUUUCUUGGGAAUUUUGUUAGUGGCGUGAUGCUAACUCAAGUUUUAUGAACAAAACAGGCAAUAAUGCUUUGCCUACAAUACCAAAUGGUUCCCAGCCAAAGUAUCUUGUGCAUUGUUAUUUCCAUGACUACAUAAAUGCGCGCCAACCUUUGGAAGAAAAUGUUUUUGAAUUACAGUAUUCUUUGAGAGCACUAAUUCGGGUUAGUUAUGAUAUAAAUUUGUAAAUGGGCAGUGAUUUUCUGAAAGUUUACUGGAAUAAGAAUAUUGUCUAAAACAACCGGGAAUUGUACUAACUUCUCCACUUUUGCUUUAUCUUAAGGCUAAACUUAUCUCCGUAAAGAAGUGCUAAUUUUAUCAGCUAGGCAUUACUCGUUCUAACUGGAUUGGUCAGUAAACAAGCUCUGUAUUUUUAAACCUUUGUCGGUGAUGCCAAAAUGACAUUUGGAUGCACAGAUCCAAGAGAAGCUCGCAUAUCUAAAGUGAUGCUAAUGAUCCUAGGUUGAGAAGAAGUUGCGAAACAAGCAACAAUAUUAGGAGUUGGGUUACACGUUUUAGUAGUUUUAAUUUUUUUAUGCUCUAUAAA